UGCUGGUACGUAACUUAGUUAAUCAUUAAAUUUUAAUGCCCCGCCAUGAUAGGUACCUAGGUACUUACCUAUCAGCCUAUGUGCCUAGGUAAUCGAUAAGAUAUAACGUUUAGUUACAUACCAGGUACCUACCUAGGUUUUGAAGUUUCCGACAAUCUACCGAUUCUCCAAUUACGCUUCAUCGAAAAUUCCUCAGCUCAGCGUAACUUAUACAAUGUCUGCUGGUCCCGAGGUCCUCAUUGGCAAAGCAUUGAGCUCUGCCGCGAGCUUGGAAUUGCGCACGAUGGCUGGCCGGAGUGUUUCCCCUGGGGCGGCGCUCUUGAGAUCAUCUCGGAUGUUCUCAAUGCCAGCCCCAAUACCGCCUCCUCCCGGUGAUUUUUCUUCGGCAACUAGACACUACUCUCCGACUUCCACGAUCCCCUUCCCCACGCAUCUUACAGUAACGACGACUGCGUCCUCUCGAGUCACCGGCGACUGGGGUUUCAAGAGACCACUACCUUUAAGGACUACCACGAAGACUACCUACCCUCUCGCGCGGGUGAGGCAGGUCGAUUCCGUCGAACAAGUCACAGAUUUCCAGUCUGCAUCGGAUCACACGGUAACUUUAUGGAAGUACCAGGAGAUGAACUUGCCGAUUACUGUGCCCAUUGCCAAUGCUCAGGAUACCUUUUCGACUACCAAGCAUUUGAAGUCCGUCUUUGAGGAAGAUUCCGAUCUGACUGCUUUAGACGACAAGCAGAAGGUGGAGCUGGUAAAUAAGAGGUGGAAGUUCACGGGACCAUGGCUCGCCGGUAUGACGAACGGCGACUUUAAGAAGUUCAUUGAAAAGAAAGUGCGGAAUAGACGUGCGGACUUCCGUGCCUUUUUGAAGAAGAUUUUUGCGGCCGAGAUGUCGCAGAAACGGGCACGGGAGGCUGAGGCGGCUGGAGAGCCCGUGCCUCCAGAGGUCUCCGUUGACGAAAUCUCGGAAGACGAAUUAACAGAAUACUUGAGGAAGCUAAGGCAGGACCGUAUGACCCUAUACAACCUCGUUAGUCGGUUCCUGGAUCUUGCUCCGGUAGACUUGCAAACCUCCCUCUCCAUGCUUGGUCAGUUAGCGCCAGGGACGAGGCUGGAACUUGCACGUGGAAGUCCGUACGGUGCGGAUGGACCCCCUAUCACGCACCCUUCGGCUGGUCUUUCUUAUCUGCGCACUCGAAACUUCCAGGAGAACCAUGCGCUAUACGGACCUCAAUUAAACCACGCCCCUGUUAAGGCGAGAGUUUUGAAGCCUACCAACUUUACCACGAACAGCUUCAACCCAAGUAUUGGUGUUGCUGGAUUUGUCGCAAGCAUGCCAACCGGUGAUACAUCAUUCAACACAUCAAAGCAGAGGAAUCUCUCCGAGUUCAACUCAGCUCUUCACAAGCUGGACCUAGAGAAGUACGGCGGAUCAAAGGUCUACGUGCAACCCCACAUGGCUACAGUCAACUCCGCUGGAAGGAUCCUUGUCAACGUAGAAGAGGCCAACUCGGAGAGCCAGUUGGUGCAGAAAGAGCUGGUAGGAGAGGGCACCAUAUACGACGACCUCGUGAAAAAGGGUGAGAUUCCGCAAAUACCCCGCAAUCCCAGGUAUACGGGUAGCUUUAGCGCGCGGCCAGGAAGUAGGAUACCCGGUAAUGCGGGUAAUUAUGGCCUCGGCCGAAGCCCUAGGAGUUAUGAAUAGAUUCCGCGAGAGUGCUGAAACCGGCCAAGAGGGGAUGAAGUUAUAGAGAACAUCGUGUGAUAUAACUAGCUACCUAGUGGUGUAAACUCUAUGCUUUGUAUGAUUUCUGUAUAUAUCAGGUAGGAGAUAUCCUCUAUAAUACAGUGGGGGGAUCUCCAUGGAAUUAACACCCAAGCUGAAGUGACCUCGUCUGUCUUGUUUGGCUGUGUAUUGUAUAGAUAAUAGGAGGAGGUAAUAAUAGGGGGAGGUGAUUAGGUAAUAAGAGGUCCAUCUAUCAGCUGUUAACGACAACUUUGGCGGCUGUCAGAGAAGUACCCAAGUAUCCCCUACGGCCCACUAAUUCUUUUCUGCCCUAGGACCCAGAGUUUUACCGAAUUUCCCCCCCACACAGAUUCUAAAUAUUCUUUUCGAGACAUCCCCAAGCUCAAGCGCAACAUCGACUGACAACUUUUUACGGACUUCCUUCAACAACCACACUCUCCUACUAACCCGCAGCCAAUACCGCCAAAAUGGGUCGCGUUCGCACAAAGACUGUCAAGAAGUCCGCCAAGGUCAUCAUUGAGCGGUACUACCCCAAGCUCACUCUCGACUUCGAGACCAACAAGCGUGUCUGCGAUGAGAUCGCUAUCAUCGCCUCCAAGCGCCUGCGCA